CCCCUCUGCACAGGCGCAGAAGCUCCUGCGUGUGGAAGCUGCGGCCCGGCGGGCGGGGAAAUAACAGAUGCGGGUAAAAGAUCCAUCCAAAGAUCUACCUGAGAAAGGCAAAAGAAGUAAAAGACCACUGCUACCUCACGAUGAAGAUUCUUCAGAUGACAUUGCUGUAGGUUUAACAUGCCAGCACAUCAGUUAUGCUGUCAGUGUGAACCAUGUGAAGAAGGCAGUAGCUGAGACUCUCUGGUCAGUUUGUUCAGAGUGUUUGAAAGAGAGAAGACUCUGUGAUGGACAGCCGGUACUUCCUUCCGAUGUUUGGUUGUGCCUCAAGUGCGGUUUUCAGGGAUGCGGUAAGAACUCAGAAAGCCAGCAUUCACUGAGACACUUCAAGAGCUCUGGGGCGGAGUCCCAUUGUGUUGUCAUUAGCCUGAGCACAUGGGUCAUAUGGUGUUAUGAAUGUAAUGAAAAAUUAUCGACACAUUGCAACAAGAAAGUUUUGGCUCAGAUAGUUGAUUUUCUCCAGAAACAUGUUUUUAAAACACAAACAGAUGCAUUUUCUAGAAUCAUAAAACUUUGUGAAGAAAAACGUGAAGCAGGGGAAAUAAAGAAGGGGAAGAAAGGCUGUGCUGUGCCAUCUGUCAAAGGAAUUACAAACUUAGGAAAUACUUGCUUUUUUAAUGCCGUCAUCCAGAACUUGGCUCAGACUUACAUUCUUUUUGAACUGAUGAACGAGAUAAAAGAAGAUGGCACCAAAUUCAAGAUUUCUCUUUCGUCAGCUCCACAGCUGGAGCCGUUAGUGGUGGAACUUUCAAGCCCUGGACCAUUGACUUCAGCCUUGUUCCUGUUUCUUCACAGCAUGAAGGAAGCUGAAAAAGGACCACUUUCUCCUAAAGUUCUUUUCAAUCAGCUCUGUCAGAAGGCUCCUCGAUUUAAAGGUUUCCAGCAACAGGACAGCCAGGAGCUUCUGCACCAUUUGUUGGAUGCAGUGAGGACAGAGGAGACAAAGAGGAUACAAGCUAGCAUUCUAAAAGCGUUCAACAAUCCAACUACCAAGACUGCUGAUGAGGAAACUAGAAAAAAAGUCAAAGCCUAUGGAAAGGAAGGCGUGAAGAUGAACUUCAUAGAUCGGAUCUUCAUUGGCGAAUUAACUAGCACAGUCAUGUGUGAAGAAUGUGCUAACAUCUCUACCAUGAAGGAUCCCUUCAUAGAUAUUUCACUUCCUAUCAUAGAAGAAAGGGUUUCAAAACCUGUACUUUUGGGGAAAAUGAGUAAAUGCAGAAGUUUACAGGAAACAGACCAAGAUCAUAACAAGGGCACCGUUACAGUAGAAAAUACCCAUCCACCAAGAGCUGCCAAGAAGCAUUCCUCACCUAAAGAUAAGACUCUGCUAAGUCAUGACAGAAAACAUUUAAGAAAAUGGCCGUCUGAAGAAGAGAGAACUGUUGGUACACAUCCGAACAGUGAAAACUCGGAAGCCAGCCCUUUGGCCGGCAUCCUCAGCAAUGAGGCAUCGCUGAACGAAAGCCCCACUGAGGGCAGUGAGAGAGACACCAGCCUAGAAAGCAGUGUGGAUGCGGACAGCGAGGCUUCUGAACCCGAGGUGGCUUACAAGCCGUCUGUGCUGCUCCGAUCCAGUGGUGAUCCCGGCGCGCACGGGGAACAGCACCCACACCUCCCACUGGCAAGUGAAUUGCCACACACCAAGGAGACGCACGACUGCGAUGAGGAAAUGGCGGAAGCGAUGGCUGAGCUUCAUUUGAGCGGCACUGUAACUGGAAAUAGAGAUUUUCACAGGGAAAAACAGCCACUAAAUGUCCCAAAUAAUGUGUGUUUUUCAGAGGGAAAACAUACGAAGCUUCACAGUGCCCAAAAUGCUUUUCAGACUCUUUCUCAGAGCUAUGUAACUACUUCUAAAGAAUGCUCAGUUCAGUCCUGUCUCUACCAGUUCACAUCCAUGGAGUUACUAAUGGGCAACAACAAGCUGCUCUGUGAGGACUGCACUGAAAAGAAACGGAAGUGCCAAAAGGAAACCAGUUCUGCAGAAAGGAAGGCAGGAGGAGUUUAUACUAAUGCCAGGAAGCAACUACUCAUAUCUGCUGUUCCAGCUAUCCUAAUCCUUCAUCUUAAAAGGUUCCACCAGGCUGGCUUGAGUCUUCGUAAAGUAAACAGACAUGUAGACUUCCCGCUUACCCUUGACUUAGCACCGUUCUGUGCUGCUACCUGUAAGAAUAUAAGUGUGGGGGAGAAGGUUCUCUAUGGUCUCUACGGUAUAGUGGAGCACAGCGGCUCAAUGAGAGGAGGCCACUACACUGCUUACGUGAAGGUGCGAGUGCCCUCCAGGAAGCUGUCCGAGUGCAUCACCGGGAGGAAGACUGCACCAGGUUUGAAAGAAGCUGAUAGUGAAUUGGGAGGCCACUGGGUCCAUGUCAGCGACACUUAUGUGCAAGUGGUUCCAGAAUCAAGAGCACUGAGUGCGCAAGCUUAUCUCCUUUUUUAUGAAAGAAUAUUAUAAUUAUCUGUUAAUUGUUAUUUAGUUCAUUUUUAUUUUAAUGCUGAAGUCGUAACUGUAAUAUGUAAUGUGCCUUUGUAGUCUGUAGAAAUAGUGCGUCCUUCCAGUGUUACUUAACUUUGUCGAUAUGCAGUGAAUCCUUUAAAGAAAUUAAUUAAUGUGACAGGCAGUUGUGGUGCUCGCCUUUAUUCCAGCACUUGGAAGGCAGAGGCAGGCAGAUCUGUGAAAAACCUUGUCUUGAAAAAUAAAACAAAAAAGUAAUUAAUGCUUUCAAAUCUAUAUUCUUAAGUGUAGAAACAUGUUUUAUGUUAAUUUUCAUGUCCAUGGAGAUUGCCACUCACCACCAAAAAAAAAAAGAAAAGAAAGAAAAAGUUGAUGGUAGUGGAGAGAUCCCCUUCGCGACGUGACUCGUCACUACAGACAUUCAGAGACGAUGCUGGAUCGGGUCUCUAGUGGAUCCUUCUCGAGUGGACGCAGUGUAUCUUGUGCUUACUUUUGUUUUAGCCUUUUACAAUCUCGGCCCUGUUUUGAAUCACUCUUCACAUUUCUCUGUGCGUGUCAUUUUUCUAGUAAACAUUGGUGUAAGUUUAUAACUAUGAAAGAAAAAUUGCCCAUCCUUGCACCACCCCACUUAAAAUCAUCUCAGGGCUUUGCAGUGGUUGGUGUGUGUGUUAGUCGAUGGGAAAAGUUUCUAGAACAGUCUGAACUAGUGCCUAAUGUAACAUAAUAAUUUUUUCAUAUUUUAUGUGACUCAGUAGUAUGAAAAGGAACCAUUGUAAUUUUGGUACUGUGAGUUUACAAGUAAUAAAUUGAUUCGCUUAUCGCCUUGAAUAUUUGAAGAUAUUGAGACAUUUCAUAAACUAAUCAUUUGCAAUCCUUUAAAGACAGUUUGCAAGUGAUUGGUUAAGGCCAAAAUAAAAAUAUAGAGAAUUUUGACACAUAGAACUAGCAUAUAGAAGUUGGUGGUCUAUAUAGGAACAUAGGAUACUUUAAAGUUUAAGGAUGUCUUUGAACUAUAAACUACCAAACUAUAUUUAUGAGUGGUAGAAAUCAUAUUCUUAUAAUUAACAACAAAUAUAAUACUUUUUUUACUUCUGUACAUUAAUAAAUGUUAAAUAUGGUUUUGUCUUCAUAAGCAUUAUUUGAAAAGACAGGUGGCUAGUUGGGGAUGUAGUUCAAUGGCAGAGAACUUGCUUGGCCUGUGUAAGGUCCUGGUUCCAUCCCCAGACACACGAAUAAAACAUUCAGGUCAAUUUGGCUUUGACUUUAAUGGGGCACAGAGCUGCUACUUCUGUUCCCUUUAAAUACGUAGAAACACAGGAGAGUUUCUCCUUCCAAAAUUCAAAGAAUUGAACUGUGAAAACUUAGCAUGAAAAAUAUUACUACGAAGAUUUUAAAUAAUCAAUGAAAUGGUUCAGUGAUACAUAGUAUUAAAGCAAGAUGUAAGGGAACGGGUCCAGCGUCUUAGUCUUCAGUGCCUGUGUUUGAUUCAAUGGGCAAAUGUAGGGGAGAGAGGCUGUAAGCUGUACAGACCUUUAGCCAGCGUCGAGCCUUCUUGGCAUGUGUAACAUAAGGUCACCUUAUGAUGAUGCCUCUUAAUAUGCGGCGGCUAGGUGAAACUGAUUUGUCUAAUGGAGAAAUUUUAAAAUACCAUGGCAUAACUUCUAUUUUUAAGUUGCAGAGGAAUUUUCAAUAGUAUUUUAAAGAUUUUUUUGUAUUGAAGAUAAAGAACUAUAUUUUAUCUGUAGAGCCCAGUUGUGUCCUCUAAAAAGAACUUUCCAGUGUCUUCUGUUUCAUCAGACAUUCAGAGUUUAUUAAUCUAUUGACACGAAAUAGUCUAGCACCAGAGCAAUGAGCUAGAAAAAUUUGCUCAAGUCGGCUUCUCAUUCAUAGCAGUUGCCCCACCAAACAAAUGUAAAUAGUUAACCUUUUUUUCUCUCUCUCCUAGAAAAGAUACUAUUAAGAGGUGUACAGUCUAGGCAGGUUCCAAUACCUGGCAUAUGACAGUAUUUUAUCACCCUUUAAAACAGAAAAACCUGCCGAGGGUGGUGGUGCACGCCUCAGACUCAGCACUCGGGAGGCAGAGGCAGGUGCAUUUGAGUUCCAGGGCACCCAAGGCUACACAGAGAAACCCUGUCUCAAAACACUUGAAGAGAAAAGAAGCACCCUAAAAUCUAUAUAUGAUUUUUAUACAUUAUCCUAGUAGUGACGUGCAGAUAAAAUGUUCAUUUAUUACCUAGUGCUAAGGAGAUUCUGAAAUGCAUUUUUAUGACCUAAAGUUUGUUUUUUCUUGCCAUCUAAAAAUGGAGAAAAAUGGUUUGAUUUUGAUACCUAGGAGUUUCCUAUCAAGCUUAUGUUGUAGAUAAAAAUCACACAGAUGUACACUUAAAUUUUUGUUCUUAUUUUGAAGUUUUCCAAAGCACAUUUGUAGAAAUUUUAAAUUGCGAGGCUACUGUACUAACAAUAGUUUCCAGAUUACCUCAGGAAACAGUGCAAAUAAACAAGAAUGUUUACAGAUCAACAAAACUACUCGGUGUUUUGGCACAGUGAAUUUGAAAGGUAAAAGAGAGAAGUUUUUAUCCAGAAACUGGUUUACAGGGUAAACCCAAUUCUCCCCUGGCUCUCCCGUAUUUAAAAUGAUGUGCCAAUUAUGUGAAUGUUUGUGACAUAAACAAAUGUACAUCUAUAUUUAAGAUUUAUUGUUUAAUGUUUUAAAAAAUAAUAUGAAGACUGCUUCUGUAGGUAGUCAAGGAGAUGAUCAUCGUAGCAGCUCAGAGUCGUAUAUCAACAGAGCUAUUUUACCAUAUCUAAUAAUCCUUAGCUUGCAUGUGUGAUUCAUUAGUGAUUUUAUACAGUAGUUGAAUAAAAUUUUCUGAAGACUUAGCUGUGAAAUGUCACCGCACAUCAAAUUUUUUAGUACACAAUAGCAUCCUGCCUACUUUCAUGAACUUUAUACUCAGCAUAUUUUUCUGCAUGACAUCUGGUCCAAUAAACCUUAACCAAGUCUGUGCACUAAAACCAAGCUUUCAGAGAGCAUCCAUUGCAUUAUUGGAGAAAUUAUUUCUGUACUAAACUGGUUUUGUUCAUGUAGAAAUCAUCAGUUCAACUGUGUUUAAAAGAUGAUUAUUUUUGGGUAUCAAUAAUAAAUUCCUAGUAUCAUUCCUUCUCUUUUAUCCAAUUUUACAGUAUUUUAAAAAUAUCUAUGUAACUUAUUGAUCAUUAUUUGGCCAUUGCUGUAUAUAUAAACAUCCUAAUAAAUAUGAAAUUCUUAUGUUAGCAGAUUAGGCCUGGAGCUUUGCAUUAUACAUUAUUGACAGGAUAUUAAUAAACAUUGUGUUCAUAUCUAUUUUAGUCCCCUGGCUUUCUAUAAACAAAAUAUAAUUUAAGAAGCUUAUGAACAACAAAAAUUUAUUUCCUUUACUUUUAGCAACCAGGAAGCUCAAGACAAAGACAAACAGAUCCAUUUUCCAAAUGAGGCUCUGGUGAUCCUCUCUGAGCGUUCACCUGGUUACUAGGGAAAGGGAGCAGUAGGGUCGCCUUUAUGAGGGCUUCACGUCAGAACCUAAUCACUUUCUAAAUACUCCAGUCACAGAACUCUCACCUGGGGAGCUUGCGAAUGGGACACAAACAUUUAGCUCACAGUGACCUUCAAGUUUCAGGAAUGCGCUAUUUAAAAAAAAACCUUGUCACCAACCCGAUGCUGGAGAUUGUAUCUAGUAGUUCUUCCACCCAGCUACAUUCUCAGUCCAGAAACCAAACAGACCUGUCAGCUAUUUCCCUGAAAGGUUUGAGUUACUUAGAUAGGAUUGUACACUAAGAAAUAUGUUGUCUACAUGUCUGCUUCUUUAACUUUUUUAGAGCCAUGAAGCUUCCAGAGAUUUUGAGGAAAGUUAGAUAUUUUUCUUUUAGAGUGUAUAAAGAUGGGUUUAUUGCUCUUGGGCAGGUUCUGAUCCCAAGAGUGAGGCCAGGGAAGUUGCCAUAGGGAGGGAGACAGAAGGGAGGUAGAUGAGAAAGAGAAAGAGUGUGUGCAUUCAGGGAAAGGAAAAGCACAGAAGGAGAGGGGUAGGGGGAGAGGGAGAAAGUUACAUACUUAACAUUUUUAUUUGAUCAUUUAACAAGUGUUUGUUGAAUACCUGCUCUUUGCUUGGCAUUAGGGAUAUAGCAGUGAAUGCAAGAAAUCACUCAAGAAGAAGACUGUCAAGUGAGUGUACUGGUCUUCGUUUCAGUUUCUUUUGCUGUGAUGAAACAUCAUAACCACAAGCAACUAGGAGAGGAGAAGGUUUAUUUCAUUUACAUUUGCAUAUCACAGAGGGAGUGGGGGCAGGAUGUGAUGCAGAGGCUGGGGAGUGCUGCUUACUGGCUUACUCUCCAUGUUGUCUCCAGUUGGCUUUCUAAAGAACCAAAGUCCAGGCCAGGGGUAGCAUCACUCACAAUGCUCUGGAACCUUCCACAUCAAUCACUUAUUUGACAGUGCCCAAAAGACUUGCCUAGAGCCCCAUCUAAUAGAGGCAUUUUCUCAAUUGAGGCUCCUUUCUCUCCUCUGAAUCUAGCUGUGUCAAGUUGACAUAAAACUAGCUGGCACAUAAGGGGAAAAAAAACCCAAAUAAUACUGCUUACGUGCUGUUGGGAGUAACACCUAGCAAAGAAGGAUGUUCCAGUGAGGCACAGAACUUAUGGGAUAUCUAUAUAGUAAGUAUUAAGGGAAUUUAUUGUAAGGACUUAUAGUCUUCAGUCCAACUAACCCAACAGUGGGCAGCCAUGAAUAGGAACUCCAGGAAUCUAGUAGUUGCUCAGUCCCACGAGGCUGGUUGUUUCAGCUGGAAUCCUGUGUAAACUGGAAUCCUAAAGAAGUAGGUUCCGGCAGAUGUGCUGGCAAGUAGUGCACACAGGAAAAGAAGAGCGAGUCUUCUUCUUCCAUUGGCCUUAUGUAGGCCUCCAGCAGAAGGUGUCACUGAGAUACAUAGAUGUAUCACCAUGCCUGGAUUUGGAGCUUUCUUUGUCCCACGUUGGCCUUGAACUCAGAGAUCUGGUUACCUCGAUCUCCUGUUUUUAAGGUCAUGUACUACCUUGCCUGGUCCUAAGCUUUUCAUGGCCACUAUACCUCAAGAUCUGGAUCAAAAGCAUGUGUCAUUUAAAGUGAGAUAUGGGUCAGAAGCCCAUGUUCUCCAGCCUCAAGAUCUGGAUGACAGGUUUGACCUCCAUUUCUGGAUUGUAGUUCAUUCCAGUUGUAGUCAAGUCGACAACCAGGAAUAGCCAUCACAACAGAUACGAUAGUACCUACCAAAGAAAGCUAAGAGAGAAGAAUGAGCCUUAAUCGUAGGGCCCUCUCCUGCAACAGAAGCCGAGAAGAGAAAUCUUGAUAUUUGUCCUCAGAAAAACAUUAUUUGUCAAAUAUUUGUUGUUUUAGAAGUUUGUGAGUUUCCUGAAAGCAUUUUCAUAUGUUUCAAGGAUUACACCCAAGCAGAAAAACUCAAAAUGUGUGCAAAUAGCAUGUAUUUUCUAAUGAUUUAUUUUACUUUUAUGUACUUUGCCAUUUUGCUUGAUUGUGUGUCUGUCUGUGUGAAGGUGUUGGAUCUCCUGGAACUAUAGAGCUAGUUGUAAGCUGCCCUGUGGGUACUGGGAUUGAACUUGGGCCCUCUGGAAGCCCAGCCAGUGCUCUUAACCACUGAAUUGUGACAAGGACCUUAGUUGGCCCCAGGACCUUAGCACAACUGAGUUAAUGAUGGAGUAGUAUCACAUGAGUAAUACAAUUCAGCAUGUAAACAAUCUCACCUCCCAAAACAAAGGCCUAAUCUAUCAAAAUCCGUAAUUCUUGGAAAGUCUGUCAGUGUACUAACCUUGCUGUUUGGCUUUUGUAGGUCUGCUUCAUGCUGUUUUGUUUUCUGAUAUUUGUCAACCCAGAACAUAGUUUUUGUGCUUAAAAGCUCCCCCUGAGAAAGAAUCAGGGCUACACUGGCAUGCCAAACCCCAAGUGUGGUCUCUCAUGGGUUAUUAAAGAUUUUCUAUUGACUUAAA